GGCCUCCGCUCCUUCGUGGCUUUCGCCGCUAAACUCUGGAGCUUCGUGCUUUACCUGCUCAGGAGGCAGGUCCGAACCGUGAGUACCGGGAAAAAAAACGGGAAAUUUUUUUUGCUGAUUUUGGGGUUUCUGCCCCCCCAGGUGGUGAUUGACAAACACCCCGUGAGGUUCUUCGUGCACAAACGGCCCCACGUGGAUUUCUUCCUCGAGGUGGUGAGCCAGUGGUACGAGCUGGUGGUGUUCACGGCCUCCAUGGAGAUUUACGGCUGCGCCGUGGCCGAUAAACUCGACAACAACCGCAG